AUGGGACGAAGUCUGACAUUCAGUGUGCGCUUGUGUUGGGAGGGAACGGAACGCAUCCGCACCAGAAGAGAUCCCCGAACGCCAGAGCAGUGCAGAGGCUAUGUGGGGCGUAGUGAGCCACCACCGCUGUAUCCGUCCUACGGCUACAACGACUGCUACAACUGGAGCGGUGCCCGGUGGGUACUGGCAGCGGAAGGUGUCGUACCGCCGGAAGCGGUCGUUGCAGGCUACGAGGGCGAAACGACCUACAUCGGAAGGGCCAAGCAUCGGAAAGCGAUUGUCCCGGGGCGGGUGAUACCAUCGAAGAAGGCCUGUCUGAUCGUGUCCGAGGGGUUGGAGCACGUCGUUCACGACUAUCAGGUGCUGUGCGGGUACGACGGGCGGUUCGUGCAGACGAGCGGCGGGUACUGUCCGAUAGGGUCCCUGCAGGGUGGCGUGACCAAGCGCGGCAAACCGAUAUUCAUCGGGUUGGUGCGCAUGGGGCUGGUGACGGUGUCGGAAGCAUAG